AUUCCUUCGUAUGAAGAAGCUGUCGUCGCAUCUCCGCGUACAAGUGUACCAACAACUCCGCUGCCACCGCCAUCUGAACCCACACCGGCGGAACGGGAUCCCCCAGAGUCCGAGGCGGCGCCUGCGAUCAGUUCUGCAUUGCCCCCACCGGAAUUACCGCCCGCCUACGCCGUCGUUGAUGAGAAAGCCACUACCUUCACCAUCUAUGGUACCUUCAUUCACACCCCCAAUGCCCCGGCCUACCAGCUCUCCUCCCUCCUCGAUACAUCCAUCAAUAGACUAGGAAUGCGCAGACUGCGUGCAGAAGAAGUCACGAUGCUCCAAGCUGGCGCACCAAAUGUCCCAUUCACCAGCAGCGGGCUCCUCUACGAAGCCCACGAUCCGCCUUUCCUCAUAAAUGAAUACUACGUCCAGGGAAAGUCCGCUCGUGCACUUCCAGGCUUCCUACAAGUGCGAUUUGGUCUACGACGCUGGCACGUCGCACACGUGCCGACACAGGGCAGUCGGCCAGUCGAGAUAAUGACAUGUGGGAAGCUUGGGGGUUUCACCAAAGCCAUCAAACAGCGCAAGAACGAGAUGGAGCCUAGUCAGUGGAAAGACUCGGAAGGCCAUGUCGUUGCCACUGAGGUGAUGAAGAUGGGCUACGGAGGGAAGAUGCCAACAAUCGAGUUAAGGAGCGAUCUCGACCAGACGUGUAGGGAGUUGAUUCUCGCACUGUGGGUCACGAGGCUGUGGGCAGCUUUUGGU